AUUUAUUGUACUCUUUGUUUCAUUUGCAGGAUCGUUGCAUUCUGUCGCAGAUCGUCUUUCUUCGAAUAAGGCAAAGGAAUUGUAAGCUACCAUCCACAAUGUCGAAGGAGGCCCCACGUGAACCCGAGCAGCUCCGCAAACUGUUCAUCGGAGGUCUGAGCUUCGAAACCACGGAUGAGAGUUUGCGAGAACACUUCGAACAAUGGGGAUCUCUUACAGAUUGUGUGGUCAUGAGAGAUCCAGCCAACAAACGCUCUAGAGGUUUUGGGUUUGUCACCUACUCGGGUGUGAACGAGGUCGAUGCUGCCAUGGAAGCACGCCCCCAUAAGGUUGAUGGUAGGCUGGUAGAGCCCAAGAGGGCUGUUUCCAGAGAGGACUCUAGCCGUCCAGGCGCUCAUGUCACAGUGAAAAAGAUAUUUGUUGGAGGUAUCAAGGAAGACACUGAAGACUCCCACCUACGAGACUACUUUGAGCAAUUUGGCAAGAUUGAAGUAAUAGACAUUAUGACCGACCGCACCAGUGGCAAGAAGAGGGGCUUCGCCUUUGUCACGUUUGAUGACCAUGAUGCAGUGGACAGGAUUGUCAUCCAGAAAUACCACACUUUGAACGGUCACAAUUGCGAAGUGAGGAAAGCAUUGUCCAGACAGGAGAUGCAGACAACAGGAGUGGGUAUGAGGGGUGGCCGCGGAGGUGGCGGCAACUAUGGCAGAGGUGGAGGAUAUGGAGGUAAUGAUUUUGACCGUGAUGGUGGAUCCUUCGAUGGCCGUGGGGGCAGAGGGGGUGGAUACGGAGGAGGAGAUGGCGGUUACAACAAUGGUUAUGGGGGAGGUGACGGUGGUUAUGGUGGAGGCCCUGGUGGUUAUGGCGGCGGUAACCGCGGCUACGGCGGAGGGCAAGGUUAUGGUGGUGGACAGGGUGGCGGCUACGGUGGUGGAAAUGGCUAUAACGACUACAACAAUGGCAAUGGUGGAAACUUUGGCGGCGGUAAGUCCAUGGCUUCCCCACAAGAAGCAGCCCCAGUUGGUGGGAACUUUGGCGGCGGCGGUGGUGGCGGCGGCAACAACUACAAUGACUUUGGCAACUACAACAACCAGGCUUCCAACUACGGCCCAAUGAAGGGUAAUAACUUUGGAGGCAGCGGUGGAGGUGGUGGGGGUAGCGGUGGUGGCAGCAGUGGUGGAAGCGGCGGCGGUGGCGGCGGCAGGAGUAGCGGCCCAUAUGGAGGUGGAUAUGGAGGUAACUCUGGAGGUGGUGGUGGUGGCGGCGGUGGAUAUGGCGGGGGCUCCGGUGGGCGACGAUUCUAAAUGUUCACAAGGACUCAGUACUUAGGAGAGGAGAGCGAGACAAAUGACAGGGCAGCUGCAGGUUUACACCCUAGAUCUGCUCAGCCAAACAGUUGUGGCAGGUUACAGCUGCUACAAGAAGAGAUGUGUACAAUAGAGAAAUCAUGGAGGGGCUUCAUACAUUUUUCUGUACUGUCAAACAGGUUUCUUAUGUUUCUGGAAAGCAAGCAUUCCAAUGAGGUUUUAUGUAGAUUUUGCAUCUAUGGUUUUUAUUUGUGUAACUGCAACAAUCAAGUUGAAAUAAACCACCUUUCAGUUUUUUUAAACUGUC